CACUUAUGGUGAGAAACAUGCACAAGAUAUUACAGAGAACCCCAGUGUCAUCUUUCUUCAAAUAAAGAGAAAAUCAACUAUUCUCGACGUCAUAAGUGCGCGCCGCCUACCAGACUUCCUGUUGGUGUGAUAGAAGCCGACGUGCGUUCUGAUCUAUCAGUACAUGCAGGUGAUCAUGUUGGGGCUCUGAUGGCAACAUAAGAAAAGAUAAUUUCUCUGACUUCGCUACAAUAAAAUUGUCACCAUGAAAAUUGCUGUGGAAGGGUGCUGCCAUGGUGAACUGGAUAUGAUCUAUGAAACCAUCCAGUUUAUGGAGAAAAAGGAGAACACAAAGGUGGAUUUAUUACUUUGCUGUGGAGACUUUCAAGCAGUGAGAAAUGAGGGGGACAUGAAAUGUAUGGCAGUGCCUCAAAAGUAUCGUCAGAUGCAAACAUUUUACAAAUACUACUCUGGUGAGAAAAAGGCACCCAUACUCACCAUCUUUAUUGGUGGAAAUCAUGAGGCAUCAAACUAUCUCCAAGAGCUACCUUACGGAGGGUGGGUGGCUCCAAAUAUCUAUUACCUGGGGUAUGCUGGGGUUGUGAGAUAUCGUGGUGUGAGGAUAGGAGGGAUCUCUGGAAUUUUUAAAUCCCAUGAUUAUAGAAAAGGUCAUUAUGAGUACCCUCCUUACAGUGGGGAAACAAUCAGAAGUGCUUACCACGUGAGGAACAUAGAGGUGUUUAAGCUUAAACAGAUCAAAGAAUCCAUGGACAUCUUCAUGUCACAUGACUGGCCUCGAAGUAUUUACCAUUAUGGCGAUAAGAAGCAACUGCUGAAGAAGAAAGAUUUCUUUCGACAAGAGGUGGAAAAUAACACUUUAGGGAGUCCAGCAGCCUCCGAACUUCUUAAUCAUCUCCAGCCUUCAUAUUGGUUCUCUGCCCACCUGCAUGUCAAAUUUGCUGCAUUUAUGCAGCACCAGAGUAAUGUUGAGGGGCAACUGCCCAAGGCAACAAAGUUUUUAGCACUUGAUAAAUGCCUGCCACAUCGGGACUUUCUUCAGAUUGUGGAUGUGGAACAUGAUCCCACUAAGCCUGACUGCCUGGAGUAUGAUCUGGAAUGGUUGGCAAUUCUCAGGAAUUGUAAAAGUCUUCUAAAUGUGACUUCGCAAACAUGGAACAUGCCGGAAAACAAUGGUCUCCAUAUUAAAUGGGACUUCAGUGCUACUGCCGAAUCCAGAAAGGAAGUUCUAAAUGACCUUGGCCAAGAUCUUCGCAUCCCUUGCAACUUUAGUGCUACCAUAGCCUGCUAUGACCCCAACAAACCUCAGCACAAGAGAGUUGCUUCCCAUAUCAUUAACCCACAGACAACAGAGUUCUGUGCCCUCUUGGGACUUAUUGACAUUAAUGCUAAAAUACGACAGAAUGAUGAGAGUGGAGACUUUGAGGCCACAGAGGAAAAUGAUGCCGACAGCACUAGUUCACUAGACGAUCCUAGUGAAUACAGCACAGAUGUCUCUGUUCUAUCUUCUUCUAUUAACCCUGAUGAGAUCACUCUGGAUGAAGAUGAGGUUGAGGAUGAUAUAUCAGUACAAUCAGUGGAACCUUCUCCAGAAGACAACAAUGAUCUCGCAGUCAACCUCUCAAAGACUCAUGUCUUAUCAGACUCAAUGGCUGUUUCUUCCGAUGAUGCAAUGGAUUCCACAAAUGAUGAGCUAGAUCGAUCAGAAAGCAGUCAAACAGAGGGGGAAGGGAAAUUCAUAGACAAACCGCUAAAGAGAUUAAGUGAUGAGAGUGGCCGUGGCAUUGUGAAAAUUAAACGCAGGAAUCAGGCCAUUUAUACAGCAAAUGAUGAGGAGGUUGAAUAGAUGGGCUUUUUAACUUUUUCUUUUUCUUUUGAGCUAUUUUGAUUUAGUUUAAUGGUUUAGAAUACAAUUCAUUUUGGCUAACAUACAGUUCUUUUUUAACUUUUUUUCUUUUCUUGGAUUUUGGUUUUCAGUACAUAUGUGGUAUAAAACCACUAUAUAUUCGUUUUGAGCUUAGAGUUCACAUUUUAUUUCAUCGUAUUCCUUCAGUCCUGCCUAUUGACUGCUUUUCAUUGGGUAAAAAUAAUUUUAAGUAUGUUUUAUCUUAUUUUAAUUCUUCAAAUGCUUUUUGUCUCCCCUGUGGAAACACCUCAUGAAUAAACAAGGGGUCUUACCAA